AUGCUGUACAGCCCGUCGCCGCCUAAUGCGAGCAGCCCAGCCAGCGGAGGAAGCACCCCAUUAUCCUUUCGAGCGAACGUGAACCGCGCGAAAACGAAACGAUGGGUUGAGGCCAAGAAAUAUUCAUACGACGGUGGAGACUGGGGUGACGAAGAUGAUGAGGACGAGGAGGAGGAACAAUACCCAGCCCCAGCAGCCGUUCCUCGACCUUCAUAUGCAAAUCAAAGAAUUGGCAGUUCGUCAGAGUUGAGCUCUAGGCGUUUGUCUGGAAUAGUGGGAGCCGAAAAUGAGCCUCGCGCUAGUCCUACAACCGAUUCUAGUACCGGUGCUCCCCCGCAAGUAGCACAAAAUGCUCCUGCGGUUGGAUUACCCGACAUAAAGCGGAUGUCCUCGUUUGGCACCGACUUCCUUGGAGGGGACUCGACUAGCCAGUCAGCCCACAUCGAGUCUCAGGAACCCUCCUUGCAACACAACCCUUCUCAGGCGUCUCAAGCUUCGACCACCUCCCAAGGGUUCACAUCAGUAGUUCACCAAGCUUUCGAUGUUCCAGAAACCCCAAAUUCAACCACUGGCAGCGUUGCACGCUCUAACAGCGAUGGAACUUCUGUCAUUAGUCCCAUCAUGGGUAGCCGGGGUUCUUACGAUGACAGGACGCCUACUAUUCUCGAGGAGCCGGCUGAAUCGAGCACGCCGACCGCUGGUUCCAAUAAUAGCUCACCUUUCAUCCCGGGCCACCGACGCGAUAUGAGUCUACCUGACCGCGAUAAUAGCCCUUCAAAGCAACCAAUUAUUACCGAGCAUGACGCGCCCUCUGAAGGUCAAGCAGAAUUGUCUAUUGUUACUCCAGGACAAACUCAAUUGCCACAAGAGUCUCCUCAGCAAGCAUCCCCAGAUACUCCUGGAAAGGACUUCGUUGCACCGCUCAAGUUUGGCGAAAGGAAACAGUCCGAGCAGUCUGGACCUGCAGGGUACCGUGGCAAUAUACCCAUAAUCACUACCCCCAAUGUUAAUGACUCUCCACACGAUGCCAACAGUGACCAGUUGCGAGAGGAAAUUAUGCGCUCGUUGAGUCGAGAGAAUUCUCAAGAACCAGAAGAGACACCGCCGACCCAGACUGAAAAUACCAAGCCAGAAUCCAUUCCAAACCAGUAUGAGAAGUACUGGGAGGGACCAACUGGUCCCGGUCUUGAUGAAGCUCCCAGGACCUUAGUUUCCGAGUCUCACCACGACUUGACUGCCAGCCAUCCCCUGGGCUCGCAGGAUUCGUAUGCCGCCCUCGACGUAUCCAAUGAGCCUGCUGCUGUGGUUGAUGAAGCACCUCAAAAGCCUCGUCUGGGGAGACGAUUCUCGUGGGAGUCUUCUGCCUCGGCUAAUGAGCCAGACACAGAAGCUCCUCCCGUCAGCGUGGCACCUGUGGCCUCACAAAUUGAAGAUGACCAUGCUGCGCGCGCCCCGGAGGCUGUUGAUGAACAGCUACCAAGCUAUGACAGUGAGGGUUCUGGCAGCCAGCGAAUUGAGAAGCCCAGACUUUCGAUUGUCCCUCCAAUCCCAGAAAGUAGCUCACCUCCCGUGCAGAUCAUGGGACCAACAGAUGGCCCCAACAACGAGAAUAAUGUUAUCGAUACUUCGGCUGUGGGAACCGGAAAUGUUGAUGAGCAAAAGCUUCAAAGCUUCCGUUCGAUCUUAAAUCUUGCGACUCCCAACCAGCGCAUUAAAGCUUUCGACAACACCAGGGAUCAGUUCGCUACUAUCAAUACCGGUUUGAAUCGCUGGCUGCAAAUCACUGUCCAUGAGAAACCCGAACAUGCCGAAACGAUCCAAUCAGCCCAAAAUACCUCGGCCAUACCUCGGAGCUCGCCAAGUAGGACUCGAUUCCCUAAACUCACAUCUCUUGGUAAUCUUGGCACUCCAACAGAUGGAACCCCUACUAGUGCAAGUCAUCUGAGGCGCCCCUCUGGCAACAUUGGAACCAUUAUGAAUAAAUCGAAUGUUGAACAGCGUGGAAAGGAUCUUCUCCAUACAGCGGGCACAUUUGGUGGCAAGGCAGGUGAAGCAGCUAAGGGCCUGUUUGCCAAAGGCAGGAGCAAGUUUCGCGCUGGUGGAGACAAGGGUCAGUCAUCGACUUCUCGCAGCAGAAGUCUCCACUUCAACUUCUCAUCAGAGUCCAAUGGAUCGCAGGGUAACUCUUCCUCACGCAACUCUAUCAAUAUAGGCAGUCUGCCUGUAUUCAAGUUUGGACAAAACAAAAAUGCAUCUUCAGCCCAAACAAAUGCGAACGGUGAACGAAAUAAUGAACCUUCAGGCAAACGUCUCAAAUCAACCGGAUCUAUGGAUAUCUCAAGGCUUCAAAUAAAUUCCGAAGACACAUCUAAUCGAGCUGUCUCACAGCCAUUGCCAAUGUUUUCAGAUCAAGAAAGACUUCGAAAGGAAUCUGCCAGGAAGUCCGGCAUAGUUGGUGACCUCGAGCAGGAGAUGAUUGCCGCCCUUGGUCUUUCUCCAGUCAAAGCUCAGCCUGAUCCGCCAGCCCAGGCUGGCUUGGCGUUACCUUCGAACGAAUUUGCUGAGCGAAGUCCAGAUCAAACAGGGCCGCCGCCACCAUCUAAAGAUGAGGCUGUGCCGAUUCCCACAAAAGAUUCAAGCGAUAAUCACCGGCUAAGUAAGGAGAAGUCCCUGCCAGUUCUCCCUACCCAGGACUUUGGUGGUUCAUCCUCACUGGAGCCAGCGGGAGCAGAAAUCCAUAAGCCCGCUACAGAGACGACGCAGACCGCAUUUAGAUCAAUUCGCCCUGUUGUUGAAGUUGAGCCCUCUAGUCCACCCAGGACUCCUCCAAAAGAAACUGCACUUGAAGACGCCCCUCCCCCAACGCCACCAAAGGACCCUGCACAUCUCAAAGCAGUAAAAUCAGGAAAAUCAGGACACGCUGCACGACAGCCAUCGGUAUCAACGCUUGGUAUUGAGGACCGUAAGAUAACUGAUGAGGCGGAUGAAGAGUUCAAUAACACCCCACCCUCCCCAAUACAGCCACCAUCACCGGAAGCACCCAAGCCUGAACCCGAGCCUGAACCCGAGCCUGAUCCCAAGCCUGAACCCAAGCCUGUAUAUGGUAAACAACUCCCAGAAGCUCAAACCUCAACCUCUUCACUGCCGUCCGCCGAGGAAAUCACAACUGGGUUUGAGCACAUAUUCCCACCGAGGCCAGCAACUUCUGCGCAAGUGCUUGACGCCAAGCGUCAAUCCAUUAGCGGCCUUCCGCCCUCAACACCGAAUUUCCAGAGUCCUUUGAGAAAUGAAGUGAGGUAUUCGCCCGCAACUCGGAGCAGCAUGUUGAGUUUUGGAAGCUGGGGCAGACAAAGCAACAACAGCAAAGGCACUCGGCCACCUACUCCUGCUAAUGAUCUCUCGAUGCGCGUUGAAUCAAAUUCUUCUGCUCAAAAUGGCGAAUCCAAAAUGGAAAAAUUAAAGGGCUUUGGGAGACGACGCCGUGCUUCGGUGGGAGACCUCUUAACGGGGAUUCAAGGCGGUUUCCAGGGACUGCAAGAGAAGAUUCAUCAACCAGAGCCUCAAGAGAAGGAGAAGGAGAAGGGGCACCAACGGAAACGUACUUUCAACAGAAUUAGUAGCCUUUUUACUCGUUCUGAUUUUCAACCUCCGGAGGACGCUAAGGUCACCCAUCGCAAACCCAUGCCCACUACUUCCGAGGGCAAAGAUUUACCAAGCCGCCCUUCAGCUGACAGAUCAUGGGCUCCAACCUCGCAAAACGGGCGUCAAAGCAUUGGAGAUAAGGAUCUACCCGAACCGCCAUCUGAUGGAUUUACUCCGGCUCCACGACUAUCUAGCGAAGCUAUGCCUCGUCACCGUGCAAGUAUGGACGUCCCCCCGACUGCUAGCCCCAGUGCUUUAGCAUCUGGGCGCUUCUAUUCAUCAGCAAGUUCUGGAGACAGCCUACCCGCAGCCCAGCAUACUCGCGUCAAGAGUAUGCCUCUCACGACCCAAACAAGCCAUCCUCUAUCUCCUAUACCCCACUCCGAUUCAGACAACAGCGGCUCCCCAAGAUCUGAGGGUGGUGGCUUGGAAACCCGAUUAUAUGAAGAUGAUCAACGCGCAACACAAAAUGGUUUGUCGAACACGCCUGUACAACACUGGGCGAGUCAGCUACCAGCUGACAACGAGUACGAACACCAACAGUUCACACAGCCAUCUUUUAAGCCCAAUCCUGACAUCCGAUCCCGCAAACUUCCCAAUGCCGAACUACCCACCACCGAACAUCUUGAGCCCAGAAAUAUUGCCGUGUCGGGCAUGUCUAAUGUGACUCUUUCAGAGCAUCCCCAUCGUGAUGAGACCCAGACAUUGGCUCGCAAUUCUGAACCUGUCGAACUUGCCCUUAGAGAUGAUUCAAGCGAUGAAAUUGUCAUGUCCCCCACUGCUUAUCCCGGACAAGAAUGGAUGCCAAUGCACUGCUAG